AUGACUGUACGUGACUGUGGUGGCCGCACGCUCCCUGGUCCUGCCUCCAGUUCGGCUUCACUUCUCUGCUGCUGCUUUAAGACUGCAGAGCGCCCCAGCGGCCAGAGGCAGGGGAGGGGUCCUCGCCCGCCCCGGCUCCGCUCCCAGGCAGCCAGCCAGGCAGCGCGCGGGGCCGGGCGGGCGCGUCGCGGGAGGCCGGGCAGCGGCAGGGGCAUGUGGAUACUGGCCCUCUCCUUGUUCCAGAGCUUCGCGAAUGUGUUCAGUGAAGACCUACACUCCAGCCUCUACUUUGUCAAUGCAUCUCUGCAAGAGGUAGUGUUUGCGAGCACCUCGGGGACCCUGGUGCCCUGCCCUGCUGCAGGCAUCCCUCCUGUGACUCUCAGAUGGUACCUAGCAACGGGCGAGGAGAUCUACGAUGUCCCCGGGAUCCGCCACGUCCACCCCAACGGCACUCUCCAAAUUUUCCCCUUCCCUCCUUCAAGCUUUAGUACCUUAAUCCAUGAUAAUACUUAUUAUUGCACAGCUGAAAAUCCUUCAGGGAAAAUUAGAAGUCAGGAUGUCCACAUCAAGGCUGUUUUACGGGAGCCCUAUACAGUCCGUGUGGAGGACCAGAAAACCAUGAGAGGCAAUGUUGCAGUCUUCAAGUGCAUUAUCCCCUCCUUGGUGGAGGCGUAUAUCACUGUUGUGUCAUGGGAGAAAGACACUGUUUCACUUGUCUCAGGAUCUAGAUUUCUCAUCACAUCCACGGGAGCCUUGUAUAUUAAAGAUGUACAGAAUGAAGACGGAUUGUAUAACUACCGCUGUAUCACGCGGCAUAGAUACACUGGGGAGACAAGACAGAGUAACAGCGCUAGACUUUUUGUAUCAGAUCCAGCGAACUCAGCCCCAUCCAUACUGGAUGGGUUCGAUCAUCGCAAAGCCAUGGCAGGGCAGCGCGUGGAGCUGCCUUGCAAAGCGCUUGGGCACCCUGAGCCAGAUUACCGCUGGCUAAAGGACAACAUGCCUCUGGAGCUCUCUGGAAGGUUCCAGAAGACUGUGACAGGGCUUCUCAUUGAGAAUACACGUCCCUCAGACUCAGGCAGCUAUGUAUGUGAAGUGUCCAACAGAUAUGGAACUGCUAAGGUUAUAGGCCGCCUGUACGUGAAACAGCCACUGAAAGCUUCCAUCAGCCCCAGGAAGGUCAAAAGCAGCGUGGGUAGCCAGGUGUCCUUGUCCUGCAGCGUGACAGGAACUGAGGACCAGGAGCUCUCCUGGUACCGAAAUGGUGAAAUCCUCAAUCCUGGAAAAAAUGUGAGGAUCACAGGGAUCAACCAUGAAAACCUUAUAAUGGAUCACAUGGUCAAAAGUGACGGGGGCGCAUACCAGUGCUUUGUUCGCAAGGACAAGCUGUCUGCUCAAGACUAUGUGCAGGUGGUACUCGAAGAUGGAACUCCCAAAAUUAUUUCUGCCUUUAGUGAAAAAGUGGUGAGCCCAGCAGAGCCGGUUUCCCUCAUGUGCAACGUGAAGGGAACCCCGUUGCCCACGAUCACGUGGACCCUGGACGACGACCCAAUUCUCAAGGGCGGAAGUCAUCGCAUCAGCCAGAUGAUCACGUCGGAGGGCAACGUGGUCAGCUACCUGAACAUCUCCAGCUCGCAGGUCCGGGAUGGGGGAGUCUACCGCUGCACUGCCAACAACUCGGCCGGAGUCGUCCUGUACCAGGCUCGAAUAAACGUAAGAGGUCCUGCAAGCAUUCGACCAAUGAAAAAUAUCACAGCAAUAGCAGGACGGGAUACAUACAUUCACUGUCGGGUGAUUGGCUAUCCAUAUUACUCCAUCAAAUGGUACAAGAACUCUAAUCUGCUUCCUUUUAACCACCGCCAAGUGGCAUUUGAGAACAAUGGAACUCUAAAACUCUCGGAUGUGCAAAAGGAAGUAGAUGAGGGGGAGUACACGUGCAAUGUCCUGGUUCAACCGCAACUCUCCACAAGCCAGAGUGUUCAUGUGACAGUGAAAGUUCCACCUUUUAUCCAACCUUUUGAGUUUCCAAGAUUCUCCAUAGGACAGAGGGUUUUCAUCCCAUGUGUCGUGGUCUCAGGGGACUUACCAAUCACCAUCACCUGGCAGAAGGACGGCCGGCCCAUCCCAGCGAGCCUGGGCGUAACCAUCGACAACAUUGACUUCACAAGCUCCUUGAGGAUUUCCAACCUCUCCCUGAUGCACAACGGCAAUUACACCUGCAUCGCUCGGAAUGAGGCAGCAGCAGUGGAGCAUCAGAGUCAGCUUAUUGUGAGGGUUCCCCCCAAGUUUGUGGUUCAGCCCCGGGACCAGGACGGGAUUUAUGGCAAAGCUGUCAUCCUCAACUGCUCGGCUGAGGGUUAUCCUGUACCCACCAUUGUGUGGAAAUUCUCUAAAGGUGCUGGGGUUCCCCAGUUCCAGCCAAUUGCCUUGAAUGGCCGAAUCCAGGUCCUCAGCAAUGGGUCUUUGUUGAUCAAGCAUGUUGUGGAAGAAGACAGUGGCUACUACCUCUGCAAGGUCAGCAACGAUGUGGGCGCAGACGUCAGCAAGUCCAUGUACCUCACGAUUUUGCCAACUGUGAGAGAAGAUUCCGGCUUCUUUUCCUGCCAUGCUAUCAACUCUUACGGGGAGGACCGUGGAAUAAUUCAGCUCACAGUGCAAGAACCCCCCGACCCUCCCGAAAUCGAGAUCAAAGACGUGAAAGCGCGUACAAUUACCCUCAGGUGGACCAUGGGCUUUGAUGGUAACAGCCCCAUCACGGGCUACGAUAUCGAAUGCAAAAAUAAAUCAGACUCCUGGGAUUCUGCUCAGAGAACCAAAGAUGUUUCCCCUCAGCUGAACUCGGCCACCAUCAUUGAUAUCCACCCUUCCUCCACCUACAGCAUCCGCAUGUACGCCAAGAACCGGAUCGGCAAGAGCGAGCCCAGCAACGAGCUCACCAUCACAGCGGACGAGGCAGUCAUGUUGGUGCUGGAGGUAGUGAUGGUGGUGGUGCAAGUGGAGACGGUGGUAGUAGUAUUGAUGGUAGUGAUGGAAGAGGUGGUGGUGAUGUUGGUGGAGAUGGUGAUAGUGAUAGUAGUAGUGAUGGAGGAGGUGGUGGUGAUGUUGGCUCCCAAGAAACAUUUGCAAAACGGGAUUAUCCGUGGCUACCAGAUAGGUUACCGCGAGUACAGCACUGGGGGCAACUUCCAAUUCAACAUUAUCAGUAUUGACACCACCGGGGACAGUGAGAUUUACACCCUGGACAACCUAAAUAAGUUCACCCAGUAUGGCCUGGUGGUGCAGGCCUGCAACCGGGCCGGAACGGGACCUUCUUCUCAGGAAAUCAUCACCACUACCCUUGAGGAUGUGCCCAGUUACCCCCCUGAAAAUGUCCAAGCCAUAGCAACAUCACCAGAAAGCGUAUCAAUAUCCUGGUCUACACUUUCCAAAGAAGCCUUGAAUGGAAUUCUUCAGGGGUUCAGAGUCAUUUACUGGGCCAACCUCAUGGACGGAGAGCUGGGCGAGAUUAAAAACGUUACCACCACGCAGCCUUCCCUGGAGCUGGAUGGGCUCGAAAAAUACACCAACUACAGCAUCCAGGUGUUGGCUUUCACCCGCGCGGGAGACGGGGUCCGAAGUGAACAGAUCUUCAUCAGGACCAAAGAGGAUGUUCCAGGUCCACCAGCGGGAGUCAAGGCAGCUGCGGCCUCAGCCUCCACGGUCUUUGUGUCCUGGCUUCCCCCUCUCAAGCUGAAUGGCAUCAUCCGGAAGUACACUGUAUUCUGCUCCCACCCCUACCCCACAGUUAUCAGCGAGUUUGAAGCCUCUCCUGACUCAUUUUCCUACAGAAUUCCUAACCUGAGUCGGAAUCGUCAGUACAGCGUCUGGGUGGUGGCUGUGACUUCAGCUGGCAGAGGCAACAGCAGUGAAAUCAUCACAGUGGAGCCAUUAGCUAAAGCUCCUGCACGAAUCCUGACCUUCAGUGGGACAGUGACAACUCCAUGGAUGAAAGAUAUUGCCUUGCCUUGUAAAGCUGUUGGGGACCCUUCUCCCGCAGUAAAGUGGAUGAAAGACAGUAACGGGACACCCAGUCUAGUAAUGAUUGACGGGCGAAGGAGCAUCUUUAGCAACGGAAGCUUCAUUAUCCGCACGGUGAAAGCAGAAGAUUCUGGCUAUUACAGCUGCAUCGCUAACAACAAUUGGGGAUCCGAUGAAAUUAUUUUAAAUUUACAAGUACAAGGAUACAUAUUGCAGUACUCUGAGGAUAACAGUGAGCAGUGGGGAAGCUUUCCCAUCAGCCCAAGUGAACGCUCUUACCGCCUGGAAAAUCUGAAAUGUGGUACUUGGUAUAAGUUCACUCUUACCGCCCAAAACGGAGUGGGACCAGGGCGCAUAAGUGAAAUCAUAGAAGCAAAAACAUUAGGGAAAGAGCCCCAGUUUUCGAAGGAGCAAGAACUCUUUGCCAGCAUCAACACCACGCGCGUGCGGCUCAACCUCAUCGGCUGGAAUGACGGCGGCUGUCCCAUCACCUCCUUCACGCUGGAGUACAGGCCCUUUGGAAUGACUGUCUGGACCACAGCUCAGCGGACCUCUCUCUCCAAGUCGUACAUUUUAUAUGACCUGCAGGAGGCCACCUGGUACGAGCUACAAAUGCGAGUGUGCAACAGCGCCGGCUGUGCAGAGAAGCAGGCCAACUUCGCCACGCUCAACUAUGACGGCAGUACAAUCCCUCCACUCAUUAAGUCAGUUGUCCAAAAUGAAGAAGGGCUGACCACCAACGAAGGGCUCAAGAUGCUGGUGACCAUUUCGUGUAUCUUGGUCGGGGUCUUGCUCCUGUUUGUGCUGCUCCUGGCUGUGCGGAGGCGGCGGAGGGAACAGAGAUUGAAGAGGCUCAGAGGAGCUAAGAAAUUAAACUCUGUUUUGCUUUCUUUUAAGAAUACCCGGACUUCAGAUACCUUGAGCAAGCAACAACAGACCCUGAGAAUGCAUAUAGACAUACCCAGGGCUCAGCUUUUAAUUGAAGAGAGAGACACAAUGGAGACCAUCGAUGACCGUUCAACAGUCCUGCUGACCGAUGCUGACUUUGGAGAGGCAGCUAAACAGAAGUCACUGACGGUGACCCACACGGUCCACUACCAGUCUGUGUCCCAGGCCACGGGGCCACUGGUGGAUGUUUCAGAUGCUCGCCCAGGAACAAAUCCAACCACCAGGAGGAAUGCAAAGGCCGGACCGACAGCAAGAAACCGGUAUGCCAGCCAGUGGACGCUCAACAGACCCCACCCCACCAUUUCAGCACACACUCUCACCACAGACUGGAGGCUGCCGACACCCAGGGCUACGGGGUCAGUGGACAAGGAGAGUGACAGUUACAGCGUCAGCCCCUCCCAGGACACAGAUAGAGCAAGAAGCAGCAUGGUCUCCACAGAAAGUGCCUCCUCCACUUACGAGGAACUUGCCAGGGCCUACGAACACGCCAAGAUGGAAGAACAGUUGAGGCACGCCAAGUUCACCAUCACAGAGUGCUUCAUAUCGGACACAUCAUCUGAACAGUUGACGGCAGGGACUAAUGAGUACACAGACAGUCUGACCUCCAGCACCCCUUCAGAAUCGGGGAUCUGCAGGUUCACUGCAUCACCCCCCAAACCUCAGGAUGGAGGAAGAGUGAUGAACAUGGCGGUUCCAAAGGCACAUCGGCCAGGUGACCUCAUACACUUGCCUCCAUACCUUAGAAUGGACUUUUUGUUAAACCGAGGAGGUCCAGGCACCAGCAGAGACCUGAGUUUAGGGCAAGCAUGCUUGGAACCUCAGAAAAGUCGGACCCUGAAGCGCCCCACAGUCCUCGAGCCAAUCCCCAUGGAGGCCUCCUCCUCCACCUCGUCCACGAGAGAAGGACAGUCGUGGCAGCCGGGGGCUGUGGCCACAUUACCUCAGCGAGAAGGGGCAGAGCUGGGACAGGCAGCUAAAAUGAGCAGCUCCCAAGAAUCACUGCUCGACUCUCGGGGCCAUUUAAAAGGAAACAAUCCCUACGCAAAAUCGUACACCCUGGUAUAACAAACAGCAUGACUGGACCGUGGUUGUAAAUACAAUUUAAAAAAACCCAAUCAAAGCUACCUUUUUUUUUACUGAAUUCCAAUAUUUAUAAUUAAAGAAAAUUGCCAAAAUAUAUUAAAAAAAAAA